CAGCUGCCCAGCCAGGUCCCCGAGCACAGCCCUCUGGUUUAUGGGACUGUGGAGAACACCCACCUCGCCGCCAGCACCCCCGGCACCGCGACCAGCACCCCGAAGCAAGAAGAGAAGCCCAAACCAGACCCAGUAUUAAAACCACCUUCUCCAGUCCUCAGACCAGAACCUACUGGGGAGAAAAAAGAUCAAGCCGGCCAGACGACCGAGGCCACCUCGGUGGAAACCCCACUGGAACUUCCUCUUGCUCCAUCGCCAACCCCGGCCGCUCCCGUCGCCGUUGUUUCUACACCUGCUGCUAUUGUCGUCGCCGUUUCCAUGCCCAUACCUAAUGCCGCGCCCUGCACGGACACGUCGGCCCCUCCGCCAGCGGAAGAGGCUGAUUCCGAGGCGUGCGAGGAGCCGGGUAACGUAGCAUCUAGUGAUAUCCCAGUGACUGCUAGUACUCAUCUAAUUACCGAAACGAACGGAGUUAGCGAAACAGCGACUGCUGCCGAGAGCGGAGUAGAUGUAGCCCAGGCGGAACCUGCGCCAUUGACUGUUGAGUCGGAGCCGGCAGAAGCCCCUCCGGCAGAAGAGGAAAGC